AUGGGGGCGGCGGAGCGACUGGAGCGUAUGGGCGCGAAUCGAGUGGGCUCCAUCAGCCAGCUGCAAUUCGAGCUGGGCAAGGUGCUGUGUGACGUCAGCUCCUGUGACUCCUUCGUCUUGGCUGGGUACACAUCUGGGGAUGUGAGGCUGUGGGACACGCUGCACUGGGACUCCACCGCCUCCUUUCUGAAGAUCAACAGCCUGUCAGCCAACUCUGUCCCCAGACCUCAGGUCAGCCACGUCCAGGUCAACAGCUCGGUGGCUGCUGCUGCGUAUGAAGAUGGCUGUGUGGACCUGUGGAGCACAGAGACAGGUGGAGAGCCCCUCCUCCACUACCAGAGCCCGGAGAGGCCCCAGGCCCUGGCCCUGGGCCCCGACAGCCCCAGCCUGGGCUCGGCUGCCGGGCCUCACGUCCGGCUGGACAGCGCCGACGACCGCGGCUACUGGAGGAUGCUCUGCAGGGCGCAGCUCCCAAAGACUGUAGAGAGCCUGGUCCUGGUGCCGGGCCGGGGGCAGCAGGGCCCGCUGGCUGCUCUCUCAGCAGGAGACGCUGUGUACCUGUUGGACCCUCGGGAGGAGGAGCCGCGGUCCCUCCACUCAGUCUACGGUCACCCUAUUACCUGCCUCGAUGCCUCCGACUCCCAGGUUGCACUGGGAGUGAAACGCACUGGCUGGGCCAUGCACGACGGAGGAAAUAAGAUCCACGUCUACAGCCUAGAGACGGGUAAACCUGUGUCUUCUGUGGGCGACUCGCUGGGAGACUUCACGUGCAUCAACCUGAGAGACAGCCCUCCUCACCUGCUGGUGUGUGGAAACAAAGACAGGAGGUAG